AUGUUAACCACAGUAACAUCAACGAUUACAACGACAGGAGAGAAGACAACAUCAAAAAUAACAACAACAGCAACAACGACGACACAAAGAAGAAUUAAAAUCAAUCGCAAAUGGAUGCAAAAUGGUAUUACUAUUGUUGGAGGAAAGAAACCAGGAAUACAACUGUUGACUCCCAGAAAAGUAUACAUUGACGAUGAAGAUGAUCAGAUAAUUUACAUUAUCGACAGACACAAUAACUCCAUCAUCAAAUGGAAGCAAGACGUCAACGAAGGUGAAAUUAUUGCUGGUGGCAACGGAGCAGGAGACAGUAUGAACCAAUUAGACCUUCCGUCAGCUUUAAUUAUUGACAAACAUACGGACUCGUAUGUAAUUUGUGAUUGGCGUAACAAACGUGUUGUGCGAUGGUUCAAACAAAACCAUGACGAAGCACAUCAACAAAUAGUCCUGUCAGAAAUUGAUUGUUCCGAUUUAUCUGUAGAUAGUGAGGAAAAUUUUUAUCUAGCAGAUUAUAAAAAUCUUGAGAUAAAACGAUGGAGAAAAGAAGAAGCACCGGCAACGAUUGUAGCCAGUGGAAAUGCACUUGGAGAUCAAAGCAAUCAAGUGCAUCUUCUUUUGAACUUUUUUGUCGAUCGAAAUCAGUCAAUUUAUCUAUCAGAUGCAUACAAUCAUCGUGUAUUAAAAUGGGCGAAAGGUACCUCAGAAGCGACUGUGGUUGCUGGUGGACAUGGUGAAGGAGAUAGUCUCACACAAUUACGUACUCCUUCGGACAUAAUUGUCGAUCAACAGGGAAAUAUUUAUAUAGCUGACCAGUGGAAUCAUCGAAUUAUGUGUUGGUUAAAGGGUUCGAAAGAAGGCAGCGUUAUCGUUGGUGGAAAAGGAGAAGGAGAACAAUCCAAUCAAUUGAAUCGUCCGUCGAGUUUAUCGUUUGAUCAACAAGGCAAUCUCUAUGUUGCGGACUAUGCCAAUCGUCGAAUACAGAAAUUUGAUGUUAUUGAUUGA